AUGUCAGGGCUGGUUUCCGAUGAGGUCGCCGAGGACUACAAGAACUCCUUGGAGGAUCUAACCACCAACGAUAGGUUCCAAAUCAGCAACCUGACUGUCAUAGCCAAAGAAAACACCGAAAAUGCUAUGGCUAUCUCGCGAGUUUUGGAGAAUCACAUUCGAUCAACACCACCCCCGCAGAAGCUGCCGGCGCUUUAUGUAGUCGAUUCGAUCGUCAAGAACGUGGGAACACCAUACACGCUCUUCCUGGGACGAAACAUGUAUCAGACCUUCAUGAACGCGUACACGCUGGUCGAUUCGCAGACUCGCCGCAAGCUGGACGAGAUGCUCAAGACAUGGAAGGAGCCGGUGCCAGGCUCCUUGGAUACUCGCCCAGUCUUUCCAUCCGAUAUCACCCGCAAUAUCGAAAGUGCUCUCAUCAAGGCGCGCACGGCAGCUCUGCAGCAGCAACAGGCCCGAGGCCAGCCGGAUAUCCUCAAUCGCGGCUGGGGAAGUGCUACCCCGACAGGAUGGACUAAUAGUCCUACGCCUCCCCAGAAUAUCGCCCGACACCCGCCAAUCCAACCAUAUCUGAACAAUGGACAUGGACUUGGUACAUCGGUAAGGAUUCUAUGCGCCAGCCUCGGCGGCAGUGCUGUGCUAACCCAAUCCACAAGACCCCCCCCGCAGCCCCAUCGGCCCGAUGCCAAUCUGGACUCUCUCAAUAGGGACUUAGAUGCGUUAGUCGCUUCUGCGCGAACCGAUUUCGCCAACAGUCCCUUCGACCCGGCCUCUCAACAGCGCUUGAAGGCCCUGCUGGAUCUCCAAGGUAUUCUACAGCGACAGCAACUCACUCAAGAACAAUUCAAGCUUGUCCGUGAUCAAGUCUCUGCACUGGCUGCAACGCAGCCGGCAUCCACCACCCAUAGCCCUCCUACGAAUGGCCCAGCAGUAUCAGCUCCUCCCGUGUCCACCUCCACUCCGCCUGCACAACCCGUGUCGCAACCGUUACAGCAGCUUCUCAAUCCUGGCACGCUAGCGGAGCUCAUCAAAGCCACCGCUGUGCGCCAGCAGCCCACUCCUCCACCACACAUUCCUAACGUCCUCCCUCAAGUGCCUCAGAUCCCUCAGCCCAAUGCCACACCGCAGCCUGCAGUCGCAGAAAAUCCUCUAAUCGCGGCCCUGAGAGCGCGUGGUCUCUUGCCUGCGUCAUCGGCGCCGCCAUCUCUCGCACCGUCACCGGGGACACCUGUUGCCGGAGGACCUGGCUUACCAUUCCUUAUGCCGGGUCAAUCUCAUUCUACGCCCCCAGUUCCGAAUCCCCAGGCGCCUCCACCGUCCAACGUUUCAUCUGUAGUCCCGAUGAACACUGCAUCUAUGAAAAUACCUCGAAUGGCUCUUAUCGUCUCUCUUUAUGAAGCACGUCCGAACCGAUGUGGAACCUGCGGACGCCGAUUCCUCACGACGGAAGAAGGUAAAGAAAAGAAGGCUCGGCACUUGGACUGGCACUUUAAAACCAACCAGCGCAUGGCAGAAGCUGCCAAGCGGGCCCAAACCCGCAGCUGGUAUGUCGACGAAAGAGAUUGGAUCAAAUCCCGAGAAGAUGGCGAUGACCAAAGCUCUGUCGACCCCGAGGCCACUGGAGCUGUGGGAGUGGAUAGCAAUGCGUCCAAGCAAGGACCGCCCAAGCCGUGGAUCCGUGCCCCGAACGACGCCAUGCUCCGCAACACGCCGUGUCCCAUCUGCCAGGAGAAAUUCGAGUCAACAUGGUCUGAAGAUGUGCAGGAUUGGAUUUGGCAGGAUGCGGUCAAGGUUGGCAGUCGGGUGUAUCAUGCCAGUUGCUAUGCCGAAGUGACCAAGGAAGUCCCAGUGCGCGGUGGAACGCCGCAAGCCCGGACUGGCACGCCCGACUCGGUGCUGGGCAAGCGCAAGGCUGAGGGUACGGAAUCUCCUGGACUCAAAGUGCGCGUCAAGACGGAGCCCGCGUGA